AUGAUCACCGACUUCAGCCGCUGGCUGCACCUCAAGCAGUACCAGCUCGAGGUGACCUUCUGCGUCUACAUCUUCACCCCCUGGGAAAAGUUCGCCUUUUACACGAUCCUCUUCCUCCUCAGCAGCCUCACCUUCAUCGCGACCGUCCUCUACCUCCCGCAACACAUCGCCUUCAUUGUCGGCCGCGCCUGGUUCUACAUGAACGGCGAGCACGUCGACGUCGUCGAGCUGACGAAGGAGGCCGUCGAAGGCGCGCUGCACCAGACGGCUGGCCUCGUAUCAACGACGGCGGCCGCGUUGGCAGGAGAGACGGCCGAGGCUGUGGUGCGCGAGCUCUGA